AUGGUCACUGUUGGGACUCAGACUGAGGAUGACUGCUUUUGCUUUCACAACACCGACAACUCAACCUCUUGUGGCUCUGACUCAGAUGACAACAUGUCGACAGAUGAUCCCGACUACAAGCUGCCGUCCUCUGAUGAUUCAGCUGAAGAGAGUCCUGAACACAAUACUCCACCAGUGCCGCCACCUGAGGCGCCAGCAGGUAGCGUUUUUCUUGUGUUCUGGGAAUGCCUGGUGACGCUGUUGUCAACAUGGUGCAGCUGUGGACUUUGUGGGAGCAGGUCACUGUCCUGGCAGUGUAAAGAAGUAGGAACACAGUUGCAGGUCACCAUCCAGUGCGGGGGAUGUGGGAACCAAGGACUAUGGAACAGUCAACCUUUCUUCGGCAGAACAGCAGCUGGGAAUGUGUUGUUGUCCGCUGCCAUUCUCUUCAGUGGGGCCACUGUCACCAAGGUGCUGCGUGUCCUAUCCAGAUUGGGCGUUGCUGUGAUGCAGAAGGGGAACCCAUCGUGUGUGGUGGUGACGGGCGUGCCGACACCCCAGGGCAUUGCGCUAAGUACGGCACCUACUCAACAAUGGAGCUCCGGGAAAACAGCUGUUAUUGACGUACAACUUGUACAGAGCAAUGAGGUUGGAGGGUCCUACCACAUGGAGAAAGUGGGACUGCAGCGAUCCCUUGAGAAAGUCCAGGGCUUUGUGGAUGUCGGAACUCUCGUGACAGACAGACACAUAGGCAUCAACAUGAUGAUUAGAGAGGACCAUCCAGACAUCACGCACCAGUUUGACAUAUGGCAUGUAGCCAAGAGUGUCAAGAAGAAGCUGCAGAGCCUUGGACAAACUAGAGGUUGCCAGGACCUCAAACCCUGGGUGGGAAGUAUUAUAAACCAUCUGUACUGGUCCGUGGUCUCGACGCCUCCUGGCAGUGGACAACUUGUGGUGGACAAAUGGACAUCAGUCAUCGAUCACAUCCACAACAGGCACACCGGGUUCGAGGGACUGUUCUCUUCUUGUGCGCACGGAGUCCUGGAAGGCAGGGAACAGCGUAAACCGUGGCUGAGUUGUCAUACGAAGGUGUCUAUUGAAGUGGAGAAGAUCAUCCGGAACAAGAGGCUGUGUGCAGAUAUACAACGCCUGUCCCCGUCACACCAGACAUCCUACCUCGAAGCAUUCCAUAGCGUGAUUACCCACUUUGCGCCAAAGAUGUGCCACUUUUCAUACAAAGGGAUGGAGAGCAGAGGGAUCCUGGCUGCUUUGCAUUUCAACGAGAAUGCCAACAGGGAGCAGCGGAGCAGACACGAUGGCGAGAUGAUGUUCAACCUGCGGUAUCCAAAGUAUAAGAAGGGCGGCUACAUUGUGAGGAAAGUCUUACAGGAGCCAUCUUUUGGCUAUGCUGAAGAGCUGAUGCGGAUGGUGGAGGCCAUGUGUCGAGGUGAGGACUACAACGGUGAUGACUUUGACAUCCCAGACCCGUCCCCUGUUACAGAGCCACUCAAUGCAUCAUUCGAAAAGCCGGAUAAGAGGGCAGCAGUCAAUGCACAUAUGACCCGCUUUAGCAUUACAAAUAACACCUAAAUGUACACAUGAGAACCGGACUGAAUGGAAUAAACACAAACUUAAUUUCA